AUGUCCAGUAUCGACUACAACAACGUGCUUGGAGUCCCUGGGAAGAGGAGUCAGGAUUUUCAGUCAAAUGAGGAUGUUUCAGAGCUUUCGGACCCCUUCGAUGAUGAGAGUGAAAAGUUGAAUGUCACCAAGAGACGCGUGUUCACUGAGCCUCUUCCUGCGGACAUGACUACACCCAAAUUUGCCAGCCCUCGCGACACCAAUCCCAUGAACACCAGAAUGUUUACACCGGACCCUUUUGACAUGGGCCUUCCCGAUACGGGCCUUCCUGACGCAAGCUCUGAGGAUGCCAAUCGUUCGGGACCCACUAAAGGCAAAAAGCUGUCUCGCUUUGCAAUUCUACGAGCCAAGCUUAGUACGAAGGAUUUGCACAAAGAGAGCGCAAAACAAGAAUUUGCUUCCAAUGCGGCAAAGCCUGCCAUGCCAGCUCAUCGAGCUUUCACAGGUAGCGGGAUACCCAGCCCCUCUUUUAAUCUCCACGGAAACAAAGCAAAGCAGCCCUUGAACCCGGCCAGAACCCAGAAAAUAUCAGCACCCACUCUCAUACCAUCUUUGACGAGUGGCCAAAUUCCUCAAAAUGCGCGAAGAAUACCUGUUCCCCCACCUGGAAUGCUUUCCAAUCUUCAUGGAACAUCAAGCCAGAGUCGUCGAAGCAGUGCGAUAGAAAGCCAGGCCAAGACUCAGUCCGAGUUCACCAAAGAAAAGCCUGAGUCGGUAGCUAAGAUGGCAAAUCGAACACUCUUUCAGAAGCGCCCAGGAAAUGUUGCAGCUCCUCUUUCAAUUGGAGCUGCCUUGAAGAAACCAUUACCCGCAAAACCGGUCUCUCCAUCGGAUACUCCUGUCUCUAAAGCUUUGCCGCCUAAAGCACGUCAAGUUGUCGAGGGAGAGGAAAAGCUCAAGUCUCUUCCAAAGAGUGAGUCAAAGCGUUGGUCAGGAAAGUUGCAGCUCCCAACUUCCAAGAAUGAAUCUCCUCAGACCCCAAAUCAGAAGGGUUCGAAAUUCCUUACACGCCUGGAGAAGCCGGAGACCCCAUCCAACACACCGAAGAGUGUCGAUCUGCAAAGUCGCAACACAACUGUUCAAACUCAAAUUGAUGACAUUAAGGACAAACUCCAAUCAAUCCAGCGUCAGUUAGAUUCUGGGGCAGCUAACAUGAGUCGAAAAGUCGAAGAUCUUUCGACUUGGGUUGGUGAUCACCUCAAGAAUCAAAGCGAAGCCACCUCGGACCUAAACCGUACCAACGCCGAUCUAAUUGCGAAGCAUUCUCAGAUGUCCCGUGAAAUAUUGAAAUUUCAACUUGACGUCCGACUCGAUAUCGGUAACAUGGAUCGGAGAUUGUCAAUUUUUGAAAACAAGGUUCUGGAUGAUCUACAGAACGAAGUUCGAUCUCUGGCGCGGGUGUGCGAAGAACUGAAUGAGAAAACUGAGCUACUGAUGGAGAAAUGUGCUUUCGACGGUACCCAGAGCUUCAUAGAACAACAGGAGGAGAAAAUCAAGGAUAUCGAGUUACAGAUUGCCUAUUUGAAGGACCGCUCGGCCAACGUGACCUCUCAUGAAAUCGCUCCUUUCCCAGCAGCACGACAGGUCCCAUCGCGCCCAAGCCUCUCUAGCCAUGGGAGCAUCGAGCCUCUGAUUAGACAAGUGAGGCCCAUACCUUCAAUUCCAUCGGAACCUAUUCAGGAAAGUCCCGACCGCCCUCGGGCUCCUUCCAUGUCAGAGAACAAGCCGCUCGGCAUGUUUCCACGCAGCGUCUCGGUGACUGGAAAGGGUUUCCUGAAAGGCAUCAAGGAUAUUGCCUCCAGCUCUCCAGAUGCGACCAAGGAGAAGAGUAUUGAGAAAACCAAGAAUAACGAGGAUGCUAAGAAAUGGAACAUGUUUGGACUGCGCCGUCGACGAGAUUUCAGCGAUAACUCUGCCAAGUUCGGUUGGUCUCCUCGUCCACGUCGGGCAAAAGAUCCUCAGGCUUCGGACGUCACUAGGUCCCGAUCUUCCUCACCUCCAGGUCCCCCGAUUGUGCGAGAUAUUUCUUACGGUGUCGAGCGGAGACCUACUCCAUUCCCGACAAGCCUAACUCAACCCUCGUCAGGGAGCCAACCGGAUGACUCUGCUACAACCUCCCAUGACACUGCCACUGAGCCCUCAAACUUAGUUGUGGAGCUAGAGAAGAGUGUCUCCCAGUCGUCUGCUGAUGCUGUUGUCGAAGAGAAUCCGCAGGAAAUUUCAUCAAGUGAGACUGUUCAUCCGGUGCGAGAGGAGACUCCUGAGUCCGAGAAGGAGGUAUCUGCUUGUGAGCCGUCAUCCCCAGAUACAGUCGUUCAUCAACCUACCGCUACAGACGGUAUUGCAAAGCAGCCAGUUUCAAGUGAUGCCGAGCAGGACUGGGAUCGAGUUUCUGUGCGGGAGUCCAAGGUGAAUGAGGGUGACAACCAACCCCCACCUGGAAUGUUUUGA